GAGAGCCAACUCGCUAAACGGCAUCAGAGAGAUCCGUCGUUUGCGCUCACGCCCAAAUGCCCGGGAGAACACCUUCGACUACGAAGGCCUAGCACGUUGGACCCUCCAGCGUGCCCGUGAAGCUGAAGAAGACAUUCCUGGACGGAUUGCUCGCCAUCGUGCACGUUCACUUUCACUUUCCCUUCCAGGGCAGGACGUUGAAAGAGGAAGAAGCAGAGCCAGAUCACAAGAGGAAGAAGCCAAAGACACUGCACGAGGGAUAUCCGACCUUCUCACCCGCUAUCGCUCACACUCUCGCUCAUCCUCAGUCGUGACACAAAUUCGCGCACUUUCACUUGGAGGACAAGAAAGAGGAAGAAGUAGAGUGAGGGCAGAAGACAACAUGGCAAACAAUAACAACAACAACAACAACAACGCCUUUCCUGCUCUUGACACCUCCAUGGCCGGCCCAAACCGCACCACAACCUCUCCUACCACCUCACACCCGGGCAGCGCAGCCAACGGCAAUGGCGCAGGCCCAGCCAACUACAUGGCGACUUUACCAGUGGGACACCAGCAAGAUCUCAACUUCCUGUACAACCAAAUCCAAGAACUAGGAACAUUGCUCAGAAGCAACCGUGAACAAGUCAAUUCUGUUACCAGAACUGCUGAAGAAGUCGCGACUCGCGCAAUUCGUACCACCGACGAUGGAGGGGAGUUGCAGGAGCCUGAUAGAGCCAAGAUGCGAGAGAUUGAACGCGAACUAGCCAAAGCGAAGCAGCUCGUCGAAUUGUACAAGCACGAACAGAAGGAAAAUACCAACCUCAUUGCCAUGUACGAGGAAGCAUUGGGUACGGCGACCGAACAAAUCCGCAACUACUGUAGUGGCAUCGAAGAACGAUUCCUUGCACAGCGUCGACAUUACAACAAUCUGUUGCAGCAAGAGAAGGACGAUCACUUGCAGAGUCGCUUGGACCGAGAUCACUGGUAUGCUCAGACACUCAAGGUGUGCGAGAUGGUUCGGACAGCGUUUCGCUUGCGCACGGAUGAGUGGUGUGAGGAGUACACGAUCAUCUCUGGCUUGCAGGCUCAGGUGCGUUGCUACCGACGAAUUCUUGAUAUGGAGCCCGAGGCACCAGAAGAGGAGCUAGGCUGGCCAUACUUGAAGGAGCUACCACUCAAUGAUCAGGCUUGAAUGAAGAGGGUCUGCCGAUCAACGAUCAGGCUUGAAUGAGGAGGCUGCCUCUCAAUAACCAGGGCUUGAACGAAGAGCGUCUGCCACUCAAUAAUCAGGCUUGAGUGAAGAGGGUCUGCCGAUCAAUGAUCAGGUUUGAAUGAGGAGGCUGCGACUCAAUGGCCAAGGCUUGAACGAAGAAGUGCUUGACACAACGAUGACGAGUCAUUGAACAUACUGCACAGCGAUGGAGCUUAGGAGUUUUACAGAUGCCAUAGAAGCAUCACAUGCACAAUGAAGAUCAGGAGUUUUCAGAUUCCACCACAGUAUACCAGCCUUCAUGCACACACUACCGGUCAGAAGUCCCCUGCCACCUACCCUGCUGUCAAUGGGAUCUGCAUUUACCAUAUCGGGAUACAGGAUCUCAAGGUUAUCGCAAAUGUUGGGACCCUGAGACGCGACGUGCCCUUCUGUUUCGACUUGGAAGAUGGCAUCUCUGGGUCCUCACACCCGAAGAACCCUGAGCACAUGCUUUGACUGUUGAAAGGGUAAUGAGACACUGCUGAUCAAUGAGCUGACAUGAUGUAGGUGGGGGAGAGAAGGACAAGGACGGCACGGGAACAGGAUGAAGGGGCUUGGAAGCGUGUCUUCGACGCAGGGACCGGAAGGAAGCGAAGAGGUAUGUGUCCCCACGGCUGCGCUGGAGGGAGGGACGAUGCCAUGAAGAAAUGGUAUGGAUUUUCAUCAGUCAGGAGAUGGCAGAAAUUGAAAUGCCCACGAUGCCGUGAAGAGGAACAGCUUUCGGACCGAACGGACUUGGUGGGUAUGAAGGGGCUCAAGAAGGCAUGUCUGCUAUGAAGACGAGGACAGGACAAGGGCUGCGGAGUUCGAUCUCCUAGCGAGAGCAGGGGAUUCGAAUAUGGAAAGGUGGGAGCAAGAGGAGAUGCUGCAAAGGGAAUGGCUGGCAUUCGAGGCGAGGCAAGAAAUGGCCCGAUUCAGCAGCUGUCGGUGCUGUCUGCUGUCGUUUCCAUCCGAGGUUUUGUUGGCUUUCUUCGGAAACGACGCGAACCAGGCACACCAGGCCAGGUGCAGGCAGGUAUGGGGAAUGGGACGCUGUCACGGUGGACGGACGCGUCUGGGUGGAGAGAGCGUGAGAGACAGACACCACGCACUACCACGGUAGAUACGAGUACAGAAAAC